AUGGUCAAAUGUCCCGAGUGCGGCGCCGGCGCCGACCUGACCAAAGACGGGUUGUACGCGCACUGUGCUUCGUGUAACACCAUCUUCGAGCCCAACAAAGAAGGCUCGCACUACAAGGGCAGCGGCUCGGGCUCAGGCGACAAGGACGAACCGCCCAAAGACUCCCAGCCCUCUGGGAAGAAAGACGAUGGCGAGAAAAGCGGAUCCUCGUAG